AGUCAUUUGAAUCUUGUUCCUCGCGCGAAAGACCAGCAGCUGGCAUCGUCGACAGUUAACACAGGUGCAACAAUAUUUGCUUUUAUGCCGUUUCAAAAGAUUUUAAGCGAACAAAACCAGAAUAGCUAACACUCUCACAUCCUCUUCAUGCGUCCCUCGAGGUCUCUGCUCUCACGCGUUGCCGUGCUCGGUGCUGCCGGCGGCAUUGGCCAGCCCCUGUCCCUGCUGCUGAAGUGCAGUCCUCUCGUCACAAAACUCUCUCUGUACGACAUCCGCGGUGCCCCGGGCGUGGCGGCGGACCUUUCACACAUUCCCUCGCCUGCGGAGGUGACCGGCUACGCUGCCGAAGAAUUAGAGGAAGCCGUGAAUGGCGCAGAGCUGGUCCUCAUCCCUGCCGGCAUCCCGCGCAAGCCUGGCAUGACCCGCGAUGACCUCUUCAACGCGAACGCCGGCAUCGUGCGCGACCUCACCGUCGCCGUUGGCCACCACGCACCGAAGGCGAUCAUCGGCGUCAUAGCCAACCCGGUGAACAGCACCGUCCCGGUGGCGGCUGAGACGCUGCGGAAGAUCGGUGUGUACGAUCCGGCCCGGCUUUUUGGCAUCACCACGCUCGAUGUUGUGCGGGCACGCGCCUUCGUCGCGGAGGCACUGCGAUUGAACCCGUACGACGUGGAUGUCUCCGUCAUUGGCGGCCAUAGCGGGAAGACGAUUGUGCCACUGCUUUCGCGCUUCCCGGCGCUCUCGCAGGAGCAGGUGCAGCAGCUCACCCACCGCAUCCAGUUUGCGGGAGAUGAGGUGGUGAAGGCGAAGGCAGGUACGGGGUCGGCGACGCUGUCGAUGGCCUACGCGGGGUCGGAGUGGACUUUCGCCAUGCUAAAGGCGCUACGUGGCGACAAGGGUAUCGUGGAGUGCUGCUACGUGGAGAACGAUCUGCAGCAGCCAAGCUGCCGUUUUUUUGCCUGUCCGGUGGAGCUGGGCAAGGGCGGGGUGGAGAGGGUGUUGCCGAUGCCGGAGCUGAACGUGUACGAGCAACAGCUGCUCGAGACCUGCAUCCCGGCUCUCCACGACGAGUGCGGGAAGGGUAUUGAGUUGGGCGUCAAGACCCAUCUUACCCCUGAUGAGUAA